GUGACUUCGGGUUGUAUUCCUCGUCCUGGCGGCUGCCGCAAGUAAUUAUGGAGGCCGAGUCUUCCAUCGCAAGCGUUGAGGAUCAACGCGAUACUCACUCACGUCCACAAUUCCGUAGCGGACAGGAAGGCAGGGACAUUUCUACCUCGUUCAAGUUGCCAGCGUCUGCUCGCUGCAUCUCCAUUAUACCUGAAAUUCGGUGGAAGAUUUUCCAGUUGAUCCAUGAUGCCAGCGACAACCAUAACGCUCGGCACUUGGGAAACAAGACCCUUCUGGCGCUUGCCUUGACAUGCAAGUCAUUCACGGGACCUGCACUGAAGCUUUUGUGGCAAGACCUAUCCGAGCUCGCACCACUUAUUAAAUGUCUCCCGCGGAGCCUAUGGAAACAAGUGGAAAAAAUUGGAAUUUCAAAGAGUCAUGACCUUAGAUGACUGGUCUAUUUUCUGCAAAUACAAUCAUCACGUCCGUUCACUCAGAACAGAUGUAUAUCCACUGCUUGGUACCGAAAUCUGGCAUGCCCUCAGCUGUCCUCCUUUCUCCCUUCCCUUGCUCCCCAACCUGAUGU